GAUCCGAGCACAAGUUAGCGAGACAAAGUUCAAUAUAAUAUAAUUUAAAAUACAAUUUAUAUACGGAACAUUGAGAUAAAAUAUGUUACAAACGAGACCAGAGAGGAAGAUUUUGAUGCUGUUUUUAUUUACCGUUCUUAUCAAGCCAGUGUACAUGGAUAAAUCUCUAAAAGACUGGUCAUGCAAGAAUAAAGUUGCCGAUAUCGUUUUCCUGUUGGACACUUCAACAAGCAUCUGGGAAGAAGAUUUUGACAAGCAAAUUGUUUUUGUUGAACAUAUUGUGAACCAUCUUCCGAUUGGAGAAAAUCACGUCCGUGUCGCAGUGGCUACCUUUGGUUCAGAUGUUGUCACUCAUUUUCAUCUGGACGAUUUUUUUGACAAGAAUAAUUUAUUAGACGCCAUUGGCAGUAUUCAACACCGCGAAGGUAGAACUGACACAGGAAGUGCCAUUAAGCAUGCGCGAACACUUAUGUUCGCAGAAAAACAUGGCGGCAGGAAAAACAUUGAGAAAAUAAUUGUAGUAAUAACCGAUGGAUUUUCAAUAGAUCCGUUCGAUACGGCAAAUGAAGCUUCGAUAUGCAGGAGUCUGGGUAUGAAGCUUAUUUCCGUGGGUGUUGGACAUGGAACGGACGAGUUCGAACUCAAACAUAUUGCAAGCGAACAUGAAGGAAAGAAGAUGGUGUUUACCGUUGAUGAUUUUGUUUCGUUGAACACCAUUGAAGAUGUUAUAACCAAAACAACAUGCGAUGUCAUACAAACCAAGGGUGCGGUCAUGGCAGACGAAGCUGUGAUAGACAGACCAAACACAGCGCAAGUACGAAAAUAUUGUGCGGGGAAGCCAGCUGAUGUUUAUUUCGUUGUCGACUCUUCAAGCAGUAUACGUCGUGUCGAUUACAAGAAAAUGCUGAAUUUCAUCACUGACGUCAUAGACGUUUUCGACAUUGGUCCUCAGUCCACACGCGUAGGCGUGGUCGCAUUUAGUGACAGCGUACAUGCUGUUAUUGCACUUGAUAAUAACCUUAGACCAGAUAUGUUAAAACAACGGAUAAUGAAUAUAGAGCAUUAUGAAGGCGGAACUCAUACCGGAAGUGCGCUAAGAUACUUACGAGAACAAGGAUUCAAACGAGGCUACGCACGUGAGAAUGUUGCCCACGUGGUUAUUCUUCUCACAGACGGAAUGUCUACUGAUACCAAACUAACGCUGGAAGAGUCCAAAAUACUUAAACGGAGGGGCACAUAUCUAUUUGUAAUUGGGAUUGGCGAUCAGGUUGAUACGAAAGAACUGCAAGAAAUAUCAAGUAACCCUCAUCAAGAUUUCGUUUUUCUGAUGGAGGACUUCCACGUGCUGACAGCCAUCAAGAAUUUGCUUGCAGUCAAAACUUGUUUAGGUAUAACUGCACACACUGCUCUAGCCGGUGGUCAAGAUCAGUCGACGGAACUGCAAGCUGACUCAGAUCAUGUUGUCUGUUCGCCACAAAAAGAUCCGGUCGACUUACUUUACGUGUAUGACAGCCAGUUUGUUGGAAAGGAUCAUUCAAAUGCCAUCGAGAACUUUAUUUUUGAAAUGAUUCUAGCUACUUCAGACAGUAACAUAAACGCAGGGCUCGUGUCAGGCGCUUGUGAAAGACCGAAAAACGUUCCUUUAUCAAAGUACAAGAACAUGAAAGAAAUCAAACAUCUCCUUAAAAGGGCUCAAGCUGAGGGAGUGGCUGCUCUACUUAAACACGUGCGCGUUGAAGGAUUCAGCAAACAAAACGGCGGACGCGAAGGAGCCGAGAAAAAAGUGGUAUUAUUUAUUGACGGAGCUGUUGAGGACAAACAUUUCAAAAUGCGACUUGCAGUUAAAAGACUGAUGUUUCGUUCUGGCGUAGACUUGUUUGUAGUGUCUAUUGGAAAAGACGUCAGUGACGCUGUUUCCUCCUUACUUGACAACAGCGAAAAUUUGAUACAAACCAUUUCAACAGAGACACUCGUGUCUGUAAAACAAAAACUCACGGAAAAGCUGUGCAGAAAUAAUAUCAUUUCAUAGCUGACUUUUCAUUCGUUGUUAAGUAUUACGUUUUUAACCGAAUGUGUGUCUAUUAAAAGGGAAGUAGCAAGCAUUAUAUUGGAGAUGAGAUUUGUUAAAAUGCCUCAGAUGUAUUUAUUUUAUAUUUAUUAUUACUUUUUCCGUCCUUUAUUUAUUGCAUACAUAUAAUAUGUAUUGUUAAAGCAACUUUUGUGUUGAUGUGAAUACUUGUUUGUAUUAUUGCCUUUUGUUAUCUUGCCAAACAACAGCAUUAAAGUUUAAACCUUGA